UGUUCGUUGCUUGUCGUUGCGUUCAAGUCGUUUCGUUGCGGUCGUUCGAGAGGCGGUCACAACUCGAUGCCGUCGGUUUUGAGCGGUUAAUUUCCACUCCAUUCGGUAGUUUCACGUGACUUCAGAGUGUGUAUUGGUUAACGGGUGAUUGAGUCGAGUUUUUUAGUUCGUUAUGAUCCUGAUUAGAUGCUGAUUUGGUGAAACCGAAGCGGCUGAAAGUGAAAAUUUGCAAACACAUUUGCACGUUGGAAGUUCGCUGAUCAUACCUCAAACAAGAUGGUUUAAGUGAAGAAAAGCUCCGCCAGUGUAGCAAAAGUGAUUUCGUCCGCCGAUUAUUUAUUUAUAAAACAUUUGACAAACCUAUACUAAUUAAUUAGUGUAUGUCCAUAGUGUUAUUAUAAAGAGUAUUAUUUAAAUUGUCCAUAUUUGUGUAAGCGGUUGUAAGGAGCAGCUGUUUAACGAUCGGAAAAAGCGGCAUUAUUACUAUCAACGGUGAAUGAGGCUCAAGUGAGUGCAACCAGGAAUUGUUUGUUAAUUAAUUUAUAGCAUCAAAAAUUAAGACGGUGGUGCGGAUUCUAGCGUGCGUACAACACCACUUUGGGGUGAAGUGUGACCUGAGCGAUGUCAGUCGGGGGCCAAUGAUCACCUAGUUAACGAAACAGAGCUUUGUGGUACAUUUAGCAGGUGGUUCUCAAUUUGGCACCGGAAGUUCCCCCGUUUCCCCGUUCUUCCUCAUCUCCCGAGGGAUUUCGCAGGGUGUGAACUACAAACAAACAACCCUCACCGGUUCUUAAGCAGGAGUUAAUUCUCAUAAUUGUGAUAAAUAGUAAUUUGCCUACGCGACAAAAGAUUUAUUAACAACUACUCGAUUCAAAAGGCUUGGUCACCUAACGCCAUCCAGCUGGCCAGAUUCGGAACGAUUGGACCCUUACGGAGAGAGAGGUAAAGCCUGAGAGAGCUUGCUGAAGACUUAUCGGAGAUUUUAUUGUUAGAAGGAAAGUGUGAUCUUCGACACCUUCCGGCAGAUAAGAAAACCCGGUUUACAAGUUCUACCAGAUCAUAUAAACUUGAAGGCGUAUUCCUUUGCAGCAGUUAGUCACAAAUGCGCUCGGUGGAUGAGAUGGCGACGUCACACAUUCUGUCCGCCAUCGAUCCACUGAUGACGGGUUCGACAAAUGGGGGCACUACGACGUCAGCAACGGGAGGGAACAGCAGCAGCAGCGGAGGAAGCAACGGAUCUGGCGGAUCAUCAUCGAUCGGUCAUCAUGGACGGGGCGGCGGAGCCAGCGAAAGGAAUCUCUCGGUCACGCUAGAUGAUCGUGAUCUGUGGCUGCGGUUUCAAAAUCUCACCAACGAAAUGAUUGUCACCAAAAAUGGCCGGCGGAUGUUUCCGGUGGUGAAGGUGACCGCUACAGGGCUGGACCCAACGGCCAUGUACACGGUGCUGCUGGAAUUUUCCCAAGUAGAUUCGCAUCGCUGGAAGUACGUCAACGGUGAAUGGGUUGCCGGAGGAAAAGCCGAAGCUCCCCCUCCGAACCCAGUUUACGUGCAUCCCGAGUCACCAAACUUUGGGCAACACUGGAUGAAAGAACCUAUCUCGUUUGCCAAGGUGAAGCUGACAAAUAAAACCAACGGAAAUGGACAAAUCAUGUUGAACUCACUGCACAAAUACGAACCACGGGUGCAUUUGGUUCAGGUGGUGUCAGAACAACGAGAACAGCGCAAUGUGCAUACCUACCCUUUCCCGGAAACACAAUUCAUAGCUGUGACAGCUUACCAGAACGAAGAGGUUACUUCGUUAAAGAUCAAAUACAAUCCUUUCGCCAAAGCUUUUCUGGAUGCGAAGGAACGGCCUGAUUCGGUUUACUCCCGCGAAAGUUCCACCUAUGGUUGGCUGAACUUCCAUCCGUCUUACGCCACAGCCCAGUCUCCUCAUCCGUCGGCAGAAAGAUAUCAGCACACGUCGAUACGGACUAAUCGGGUGGUGCCGUACACUACUCAAAGGUCAAGAAAUGCUAGCGGUAGUACAUCUCCACAACCCACUUACAUACCCAUCGAAUCGGUACCUUCACCGGUUUAUUCAGCAUAUCCAAGUGCCUGGCAAACGCAACCUGCCCCUAGUUCCGGUUCAUAUUGGACCAGUCAGACGGUUAAUCCGGGAAGUCCGAGCUCUAUUGGUCCAAACAUCUCCCCAACUCCAUCCAAUGGUUCCCCUAAUUAUAUUAACUCAUCACCAACCUAUCAUUCCCACCAAAGUCAGUAUGGGCCUACACCAACAACCGUACCCGGGGCACAAAUCGAUGUCUACCAACCGAGUGUUUCCCCGCAGCAAAUCUACGCUUCCUCAGGACAUCAGUUGUACCAUCCGACUCCAACGAUUUCACCAAAUCAUCAACUGUACGGUAAUGCACUGAAUCCACCGACAAUCACCAAUAUUGGAUACUCUACGUCCUGGCACGGUGCUGGAGACUACGGUGUAUACCAAAGCUCGUAUCACUAUCCAACUGCGGAGUACAUUCCCAUGAUCGGAGACAUAAGUGCCUACAACCAUUCACCGGAAAUAACGGAGCUAACAUCUGUUCCUUCGUCACACCACCGCCACGAGCCCAUUCCAACUUCAUCACCAAUUCCGAUACAAUACAGCACCCACCAUCCUUCAGCAAUCCCCGUUGAAAGUGGAUUUGUGCCCGUUGGAUCGUCCAGCCACUAUCACUAUGCUGCCGAGAAUAAUCACUCACCGGAACCGAGUCACUCUAGUGUUUCCAUUGGAAGUUCGGCAAUCGUGCCCGGUCAAGGACACCAUCACCAUCAUCCGGGUCUAUCGACUUCGCCUACGGAUGGAGACGCUGUGCCGCAUUCCGGUGGUCCAUCGGCCGCAACCCUCUCGCAGAGCCCUGGACGAGUUUCUAGUGGGGCUUGGACUCCACUUACUCCACCGCAAACUACGCAGCUUUGAUUUAUUGGUUAAUUCUGAAUAGCUAUAAAAAUCUUUAGAUUGUUGAGUUUCUUCAUUUGCAAUGUAUUCCUAAGAAAUCAGUUCUGUUAGCGGUACUUUCCAAAAAAUUAAAAGUUGUAAAUAAACAUCUAUUACUA